UCCUGCUGCGACCCUCGUCACUGAUCUCUGUCCGCCAUCUUAAUCAACGCGGCGCUUUAUUCGUCUCGGAGUCUCUGACCUUUUUGAAAACGCCGUAAUAUAAUCCGUUACAUAGUAAGCGUCGGAUCAAACUACACAUAUUCAGAAUGCAGGCCGAAGAGCAAGGUGACUUCAGCACCGACGAGUUUCUGGAAGGCUCCAAAAUCAACGCCAGUAAAAACCAGCAGGACGACGGGAAGAUGUUCAUCGGUGGACUCAGUUGGGACACCAGUAAGAAAGACCUCACUGACUACCUGUCCAAGUUCGGAGAGGUCCUCGACUGCACCAUCAAAACAGACCCCAUGACGGGCCGCUCCAGGGGCUUCGGCUUCGUGCUCUUCAGAGACGCUGAGAGCGUUGAUAAGGUGCUGGAGCUGAAGGAGCACACGCUGGACGGGAAGCUGAUCGAUCCCAAGAGAGCCAAAGCCAUGAAGGGCAAGGAGCCGCCCAAGAAGGUGUUCGUCGGGGGUCUGAGUCCGGACACGUCUGAGGAACAGAUCCGCGAGUACUUCGGCGCAUAUGGGGAAAUUGAAAGCGUUGAGCUCCCCAUCGACACCAAGACAAACGAAAGGAGGGGUUUCUGCUUCGUGACGUACGUUUUGGAGGAUCCCGUUCAGCAGCUGCUGGAGAACAGAUACCAUCAGAUUGGAUCGGGGAAGUGCGAGGUCAAAGUUGCGCAGCCUAAAGAGGUGUACAGACAGCAGCAGGGCCGAGCGGACCGGGGCUUCGGCGGAGGACGAGGGGGCUUCAGGGGCCGAGGAAGAGGACAGGGCCAGGGCUAUAAUCAAGGCUACAACAACUACUACGGCCAGAACUACGGAGGCUACGGCGACGGAUACAGCCAGGGCUACAACGGCUAUUCUGGCUAUGACUAUUCAGGAUACAACUAUCCGAAUUACGGCUAUGGACAAGGCUAUGAUGAUUACAGUGGUCAACAGAGCAGUUAUGGCAAGGCCUCGCGGGAAAGCGGCGCCCAUCAGAACAGCUACCAGCCGUAUUGACAAAGUGGCUAAACACGUUCAUGUUCAUGCGGGGACUUCAUUGCAGGCCGUGUGUCGCCUGACCACGUCAUUCUCUGGGCGUCGCACAUAGCGGGCAGAGAGCACGGCAUGCACGAGAAACGCUGUCCUGUGGUAUGGUCUCUUCAAACUUCCUGUACCAGCGUAAAACAAACACAAAGCAAAGGAGAUUCCCCCAUUUGCCUUAAGUUGUUGGUUUCCGUUAACUGUUCCAAAUGUGUUUCUUCCAGGACUUUAUUAACGUAACCUAAAAGUGAUUCAUAACUUCUCUUUUUUUCAAUUGUAGUGCUCUUGUGUUUCAGUUG